AUGAAGUCUGGUAUGAACAUUGCUCGUCUCAAUUUCUCACAUGGAAGUCAUGAGUAUCAUGAGAGUGUCAUCAAUAACAUUAAAGAGGCCAGAUCUAGAUUUACCUUUUCAAGAAAUGUGGGGAUUGCUUUGGAUACCAAAGGACCAGAAAUAAGAACUGGCCUUCUCAAGGGGGGUGGUUCUGCCGAGGUUGAGCUGAAAGCUGGCAACAAGAUCCGUCUGUCGUUUGAUGAUGCACACGCUGAGAGUGGAACAGAAGAAUGUAUCUUUGUGGAUUACAAGAACAUGCCAAAAAUUUUGGAUAUUGGUGCUGUUGUUUACAUUGAUGAUGGUCUGAUUUCACUUCAAGUAGAUACUAAAGGAGCGGAUUACAUAGACUGUACUAUUAUCAAUGGGGGUAGUCUUGGAAGUC